AGCCGGGAAGAGGCGCGGUAGCUACCUUCUCGUCUCCUGUGCCCGACCCCUCCCGGGACCCGUGAUGCAGAGGCAGCUGCAAGGAGCGACGUACGGUCGGGGUUGAGCCCCAAGUGAGCUGAGGGCUCGCGCUCUUCUGGCCCUCCCCCCCGGGCCCGCCCCACUUGAAGAAAUGAGUGGUGGAUUGGCCCCAAGUAAAAGCACAGUGUAUGUAUCCAAUCUGCCCUUUUCCCUGACCAACAAUGACUUAUAUCGGAUAUUUUCCAAGUAUGGCAAAGUUGUAAAGGUUACUAUAAUGAAAGAUAAAGAUACCCGGAGGAGUAAAGGGGUUGCAUUUAUUCUAUUUUUGGAUAAAGACUCUGCACAAAACUGUACCAGGGCAAUAAACAACAAACAGUUAUUUGGUAGAGUGAUAAAAGCAAGCAUUGCUAUUGACAAUGGAAGAGCAGCUGAGUUCAUCCGAAGACGAAACUACUUUGAUAAAUCUAAGUGUUAUGAAUGUGGGGAAAGUGGACACUUAAGUUAUGCCUGUCCUAAAAAUAUGCUUGGAGAACGUGAACCUCCAAAGAAGAAAGAGAAAAAGAAAAAAAAGAAAAUUCCUGAGCCAGAAGAAGAAAUUGAAGAAGUAGAAGAAAGUGAAGAUGAAGGGGAAGAUCCUGCUCUUGACAGCCUCAGUCAGGCCAUAGCUUUCCAGCAAGCCAAAAUUGAAGAAGAACAAAAAAAAUGGAAACCCAGUUCAGGAGGUCCUUCAACAUCAGAUGAUUCAAGACGCCCAAGGAUAAAGAAAAGCACAUACUUCAGUGAUGAGGAGGAACUUAGUGAUUAA